GGUACGACUUCGCUACGCCGACGACGACGUGGUAGUGGUAGUGGAGGAGGAAGAUUAAAGAGUAAACCAGUGAGUAUAGAAAUAAGUUUGUGUUGUAUACUGAGAAAAAGAGGGUCUCGAGACACGGAGAAAUAACGAAGACGACAGGUCGGCACGAUCGAGUACACGCGGAGCGGUGCAGUUGAGACUCGAUACUCCGGUAGUGCGUGUGUGUUCUGUUUUUUUUAUUGUUAAUUACACAUUUACUUGUUCGUAAAACAUAAAAUAUUAUUUAAAACGUGAUUGGUUUGUAAUACUGCUUGUUAUAACAAUUGUUUUAUCAUAAACUAGACAACCCGGUGUCACUUUUGCAGAACGUGGCGGUUUAUUUAGUCAAAAAUAAUUAAAAAAGAAGAGCAAGAAGAAAUAGUUGUGAAAAUAAAAAAUAUUUGGAGGUUUUUUUUUUUUUUUUCGUCAACAAGAGGCGCGAGCGAGGGACUUGUGCCCUCGGUCUCUUGUCUCUGACACAACGAUUCCGUCCGUUUUACUCGCGAAUCGCGGAGAAAAAAUACCGGAGAGAAUAAGUUAUAAAAAAACGAGCCAACUGAAAGAAAGAAAGAUAGAUAAAGAUAAAGUUUACGUAUCAAACGAGGAUAGACCACACGCGCGCCGGACGUGUUAUUUGCGCACCAACGACUACAUAUCCAAGAGACUAUAUACGUAAUCGUCGGCUAGUAUUAACUACAUAUAUAGAUAUAUAUAUAUAUAUAUAUACAUAUACACAAGUGACAAUACACGGUGGAUUUUAAAUUUAAAGCAAUAUAAUUUAUUUGUUGGUUUAAUUUCUCUGUAAAGAGAAAUUUAAAAUAAAUCGUGAUUUUGACGUAAACAUAAACAGCAAAUAUGUGUGAUACUACCAAUCCAACCACUCAGAGUAUUGCGGACUAUCUGUCACAAUUAUUGAAAGACAGAAAACAACUUGCGGCAUUUCCAAAUGUCUUUAUACAUGUCGAACGGCUUCUAGAUGAAGAAAUUGCAAAAGUACGAGCAAGUUUAUUUCAAAUAAGUGGUGUCAAGAAAGAGCCACUGACAUUACCAGAGCCAGAAGGAGAUAUUAUUACACUCACAGAAAAAGUUUAUGUACCAGUAAAAGAACAUCCAGAUUUCAAUUUCGUUGGAAGGAUUCUGGGCCCACGUGGUAUGACAGCUAAACAGCUGGAGCAAGAGACAGGAUGUAAAAUAAUGGUCCGCGGAAAAGGCUCCAUGAGGGAUAAGAAAAAGGAGGAGCAAAAUCGAGGCAAGCCAAACUGGGAACACUUGACGGAUGAGUUGCACGUGUUGCUGACGGUCGAGGACACUGAAAACCGUGCGACACUUAAACUUGCCCGUGCUGUUGAGGAAGUUAAAAAGCUUCUAGUGCCCGCUGAAGGGGAGGACGAAUUAAAGAAGAGACAACUGAUGGAGCUUGCAAUAAUAAAUGGGACUUAUCGAGACUCAAAUACAAAAGUUGCAGCAGCAGCAGCGUUUGACAUUGCAGCGUGUGACGAAGAGUGGAGACGUGUCGCAGCAGCAGCUGCUGAAACUCAACGUCUUCUUCCUGGUUUAGGAUCACAAAUGAGAUCACCAAAUGCACCACUAGGUGCUCCGUUAAUAUUAUCGCCAAGAAUAUCCGUCCCGACAACAGCAGCCUCACUAUUAAAUGGUUCAGGGCCACCAGGAUCAAUAUUAUCUGCUGGUGAUCCACAUGGUUUAAUUUACACACCUUACGCUGAUUACGCAAACUACGCGGCAUUGGCAGCAUCACCUCUUCUCACCGAGUACGCUGACCAUUCUGGUGCAGCAGCCGCUGCAAAGCAGCGUAGGCACCUUGGUCAAAUUCGCGAGCACCCUUAUCAAAGGGCAGGCGCUCUCUCGUGAAUACUGAGCACAGAGUCGCGCCUACCGCGGGAAAGGCUUGGAGUGCUAACAAUGGAAUCCACUCGCCCCGUGCUAACACCUGGACUCUGGACACAGCAUCCGCGUAAUGGUUCGCCACCCAGCUGAGAGUAUUCGCCGUCCACGCGUCACCAGCCCUCUUCGUUCAAGCUUAUCCAUCCUGUCUCCUAAAGAUAAUUUAUAUAUUUUUAAUCAAACAUAUAUAUAUGAUUUUAUUGAUUAAAACUUAUUCAGUAGAUCAAUCAAUCAAUCAAUAAUUUAAAUUUAAAAAAAAAAAUAAUGCAUAUAAAUUUAAUAUUCAUUAUUUUUUUGGUACCAAUUAAUUAUUUGGCUCCGAAUUAUCAGAAUCAUAUUGAAAUCAUUAGGUCGUGUAAAUGCGACCUAGAGUACUUAUAUAUAAAUAAAAAAUGGCAGCAAGUUAAUAAUUUGUUUAAAUAUUAACAAUAAUUGAAAAUAUAAUUACGUCAAGAAGUACAACUUUUAAAUCGGCUCGAGUUCAUAAUCUUCAUACCAUUCAAGUCUUGAUGUGGAUAAGCUACACUUCAACUGGGUAUAUGGCGUCUACAAUAUCUUUUUCUUAUAUUUUUUCUUUAUAUAUAUUUAUAUAUUGCGUUACUAAUUACAAAGGGACAUAUUUUUUUACGCCCUUUUGGGUUCAGGAAAUUUUCUAAAGCCAAAAGGCGUAUAAUUUUUUUUUUCAUGCCAAUUUUUUGGAGACUUAUUUUAGAGCCAAAAAUUUUGAGCUUUAAGUAAGUUGACGAUAUGAUUAGGAAUUAAAAAAAAUUAUUCUCCCUUUGGGUUUUAAACUUAGCGACUAAAGCCAAAAAAGUGUAUAAUUUUUUUUUCAUUACCAAUCUUUUUGUAAUGAUACUGAAGUUAGCCGACGUCUAAUAAUUUUUUGAUUUAUUUCAAAACGAUGAAUUAUAAAAAAAAAU